AUGAAUCUCUCCGACGACUUUGUUUCUGCCGAUUACUUGUCGCGCAGGACCGAAUGCCAAGCAUGGUAUCUUGCCCACAAGUUCGCCUUUGAUCACAACGAAGGUAAAGGACUUGACACCUUUGCAAAACUCUAUGACGUCCAAAGUAUCAAGGCAAAGAAGGCUUUUGAUGAUGAUCUGAAGACCUCCCGCGCUCGGGUCAGUGCAGUCGAGUUGGAAUCCGUUCCACCUGCUACCAAAUACUUCGAACUAUUCAAGACGACCUUUGAGAGCCUCAAGGAGAGAGCUGUGCGUUUGGUUGGCCAGAACACACCGGUGACCGCCCACCCGCUGGAACGUCACCUGCUUCCGUGUCGACUACCCAGCAUUUUGACAUGCAGCCUCUUGCAGCCCUCUUCGGUGUGA